AUGAAAUAUGUUAUGGCGAUUAUUAAUAAAUAUGAUUAUUAUAAUAGUGAACGACUUAAAAAUAUCUUUGAGAUUGAAAAAUUAUACGAUAGUUUGUCUAUCGUAAAACGAGGUGAAAAUUUUAAUCUUCAAGGCUUAUUAAGCGGGAAUAAACUUGGUAUGUAUCAUAGAUAUUGCUUAUUCGCUUCUUAUCCUGGAGUCUGGAAUUCCGUAAAAGCAGAUAUUAUUCCCGACGAAAAUAAAUACUUAGGUAUAACUACUCGCAAAGUGAAAAACCUUCAAACUCGGGAUCAAUUCAAUCUGUGGCGUAAUAAUAUUAUCACAAUGUAUAAAAAAGAAAAAAACUUUGAUAUGCUCUACCUCUAUCAAAGAGGAUAUGAAUAUGAAGAAUAUUAUAUUCCGGGUGAUUGGAUAAGUUUCAAGAAACAUCAAUUACAACAAAGAUUGAGUAAUCAUCUUAAAGAGUUGUUAAAAGAACAAGGCUAUAGAGUAGUUUGUGGGAGAUCUUGGUAUGUUAUGGUAAAAUGGAUUGAGAAUCCAGAUUAUUAUGCAAAUCUCACAUAUCCGAAUAUCGUUAGAAUAUAA